AUGUCACCUUCACGACAUACAGGAACUGCUCUGGCUGCGGCUGGGGACAAGGUACAGAGGGCAGGCAAGAGACUUACACGCGCUAAAUCGUUCCUUGUCAAAGAUCAAGCUGUCAAAAUCCGAAAACUACGUUUGCAGCGCCUUCAAAGAAUUAAAAAGCGACAAGCUGACCAUACGAUCACAAAAACGCUAAAUAAGUUAAGCCUAAAUCCAACUAUUGAGAAGAAAAGAGAAGGCACAAUCAAGCAGCGAAGCUAG